GAGCAUAACAGAAAACACUUCCGCGGGAACCAAUGGUGCGGGCGGGGACAGCGUCGGGAGGAAAAAACAAUGUAUUUUACAUUAUUUCCCCACGUCUGUCACACGAGAAUCGAUGGAUUUAUCCGCUCCGCAACUUCCGGUUACGUAUUACUGCUGUGUGCCAAUUUAA